ACACUAGCCAACUAGCCAAGCCAAAAUGAGAACUGGCCCAAAAAAUCCAAAGAAGGAACGCAAGGCGCAUACUACGUAGCGACUCGCGCCGUGGCCCGUGCGACUCCACUUUUCCAUCUUCUCUUCAAUCUGUGCAGAUCAAGCACGUCUGUAGCCUCUAGCCCGGUAACGGGUAGCUGGUCGGCCGGUAGCACCUUUUAGCCUCUAGCCGAGUAGCACAACACUCUCGGUGCGCCAUUUCUGUCUUCCGAUAAGGAAAUGGCCCUAAGAGCACCCAUAGCAGGAAUAUGCACAUCUUCAACUCUGUUUGCUCCGUCAUGUAACUACAAUAGGGCAGUGGUCAAUGCGAAGGCUUCAUCUUUGGGAACUUGCUUUUUUGGUCGUAAAGUUGGAGCUCUAAAGCUUGCAGUUGAACAACGUCCUCAUUUUAAUAGAUUCAGAACUGGUGCCCUUAGUACUCACAGUAAUUUGUUCGAGAGAUUUGCCAGAGUAGUUAAGUCUUAUGCUAAUGCCAUCAUUAGCUCUUUCGAAGACCCAGAGAAGAUCCUGGAGCAAACAGUGCUAGAAAUGAACAACGAUUUGAUAAAAUUGCGUCAAGCUACAGCACAGGUCUUGGCUUCACAGAAGCAGAUGGAAAACAGAUACAAAGCUGCACAACAAGCAUCUGAGGACUGGUAUCGUAGAGCGCAACUUGCUCUUGGAAAGGGAGACGAGGAUCUUGCACGUGAAGCUCUCAAGCGAAGAAAAUCUUAUGCUGAUAAUGCAAAUGCAUUGAAGGCUCAGCUUGAUCAGCAAAAGGGUGUGGUUGACAAUCUGGUCAACAACACACGGCUUUUGGAGAGCAAGAUUCAAGAAGCGAAGUCAAAAAAAGAUACACUAAAAGCACGUGCUCAAUCUGCUAAGACUGCAACCAAAGUAUCUGAGAUGCUUGGGAAUGUGAACACUAGCAGUGCCCUUUCAGCCUUUGAAAGAAUGGAGGAAAAAGUUAUGACCAUGGAAUCUCAAGCAGAUGCUCUUAACCAGUUAACAAGUGAUGAGCUUGAAGGAAAGUUUGCGAUGUUGGAGAGCUCUUCAGUUGACAGUGAUCUUGAUGAACUAAAAAAAGAAUUGGGUGGAAAAUCAAAGAAAGGUGAGCUUCCGCCUGGCAGAACGCCCAUUACCAGCACAAGGUCAUUGCAGUUUCAGGAUGCUGACAUUGAGAAAGAACUGAAUGAACUAAGGAGGAGGGCUAGUGAUUUAUAGGUAUCAUGGACGAUCAUGAGUCAUUUUUUUCACUUUCGUACAAUUCCAAUAUAUAUGAAUUAAGUGCAACAAGGAAUUGCCAUUGAAGAGGCAGGCCUGGUUAGAGGACAUUAGAAGAGUGAUAGCGUGACCGGUCUUGAUAUAUUAUUUUACCUGCUUGUAUGGAUUAUAGCUCACACUUGGACGUCCAUAUGUGAGUUAUUCUACCGUUGCAUAUGAAAUUGAUUGCCUAGAAUCAAACUUCCCAAAGAGCGAAGGUUUUGUAUUACGGCUUUAUUAUCUUCUCUAUCAUUUUGUAUUGAGACUGAAUAUAAACUAUUUUUCUCUCGUCUCAAUAUUUGGCAGUCUAUCCUGGAUUUAUACUUCAUAUAAACCGUUUGUUA